AUGAGUGAUACAAAGAACAAGAAAGUCAAGGCUCAAACCAAGACCCAACCUCAACAUCAAUCUCAAGCUCAGAUGACAAAGCGUGUAAAGCUAGAUACUCCAUCUCAGUCAUCAUCGAAGAAGACUACGACAUCAACAUCAACAACAACAUCACAGACACAGAAGCAGACACAGAAGCAGACACAGACGACACAGAAGCAGACACCAACACAGACGACACAAACAGAGAAUGAUGAUACGAAUAAUGUAGACAUGAAUGAUAUUAUAGAGGUACAACUUGGUAUUGAAGAGACUGAGAAGAAGAUGGCAAAGGAGAUGAUGAAGCUAGACACAGAGACAUUUAAGUUGAUGACUCCUCACUUUAAGAAGCGUGAUCUACUCACUGAUAAGAUACCAUCAUUCUGGAUUACUGUUUUUAACAAUCAUCCAGUGUUGUCAUCAUUGUUCACAGGCCGUGAUAGUCAACUCAUUGCACACAUGACAUCAUUCAAAGUGGAGACUACUGAAAUACCAUGUCUAUCAGUUCGAUUCGUGUUUAACUUCUCGACCAAUAGUUUGAUCAAGAACAAGUCAAUAUGGAAGGAGUAUAGGAUUGGAGAUGAUGGUGAGGUGCUGGCAAACUCUUGCAAGUUACAGUAUAAGAAUGGAAGUGAUAUUACUAGACGAAACAAUCCAGAUGAUGAGCCUUCAUUCUUCUCAUGGUUCGAUUCGGAGGAGACAGAGAUGGAGAUCUACAAGAUAUUCAAGGAUGACAUCUGGUUGAAUCCACUGGAUUACCAUGGUAUUGGCAAUGGCAAUGGCACUGAACAAACUAAUGAAGAAUGA